AUGGAUGAAAAUAUCCCCUUGAUUGCGGACGUUGUUGUCGCUGGAGGAGGUACUACUGGCCUCAUUGUUGCGGCUCGACUCGCAAAGGCGGACCCUCACCUCUCCAUCGUCGUGCUUGAAUCAGGUAUCAACAUUCGUGAUAACCCGUCGAUCGUAAAUCCGGCUGUCUAUAUCUCCAAUAUUUUGCCGGGAUCUAAAACCGCAACAUUCUACAAGUCAAAAUGCAGUGAGUCACUAGCGGGAAGAGAGCUGGUGAUUCCUACGGGCGGCUGUCUUGGAGGCGGAAGUGCGAUCAACUUUAUGGUGUACUCACGGCCCCAGAUGAUUGAUUUUGACGACUGGAGAUCUGAGGGUUGGAGCGGAAAGGACAUGGUUCCGUUCCUGAAGACGUAUGAGAGUUUCCAGGAUGAGGCUCCUGAGAUCGAUAAGUCGUUGCACGGAUACGGCGGCGAGUUCUCCAUAUCUCCUGGAACAAACGCUCAAACUAUUUUUCAGGAAGAUUAUUUCCAAGCUUGCAGACAGAUUGGGCUUCCACAAGUGCCCGAUGUACAAGACUUGAAGACUUCAAAUGCUGUCGGGCGGUGGAACAUGUGGAUAGAUCAGAAGACCGGCCGGAGACAGGACGUGGCCCAUCAGCUUCUCUACCCGCUCUUAGACACGCACGAAACUGUACUUCGGGUGUUUACUCAAGUCAGCGUCGUGCGAGUCUUGUUCAAUGAGCAGAAAAGGGCCGUAGGUGUCGAGUACGUCCGUGUCGGACCUGGUGCUCCAGCAAUAUCCUCGGUUGUUAGGGCUACAAAACUCGUUGUCCUCGCUGGAGGGACAUUCGGCACUCCCGGGCGCCUUACUCUUGAAUCAGCACUGGAGCAGAAGGAAGCGCAGCCCAGUCGUUACGUUCUGGGCUGGAACGGUCUAGACUGUGUUGGCAAGAUCCGACCCUCUACCGGUGACGAAGACCUUCUGGGGCCGGAACUCAGGGAGCUCUGGGAGAGCGAUUAUCGGCUUCGCCCGACGCGCCCACUGAUGUUGAUGUCUUCCCUAGCAGCAUUCGUCGGAGAUCACUCUGGUGUUCCCACUGGUCAACACUUCAGUCUUGGACCCUACACGCCGUACCCUUACUCACGCGGCUCAAUACAUAUCACCGGCCAGACAGUUUUAGAUCCGCCAGACUUUGAAUGCGGUUUUUUGAACCAUCCAGCUGAUGUCCAGAAGCUUGUAUGGGGAUACAAGAAGCAGAGGGAAAUUGCACGGCGCAUGACACAUUAUCGCGGCGCCCUGGAAAUUGGACACCCAGUCUUCCCUGAAAAGUCCAAGGCCGGCUUCGAUUUUGUCGACAACCAAGACCGGGAGCGGGGGAUUUAUGCGCCAAUUGAAUACUCUGCAGAAGACGACCAAGCGAUUGAGCUAUUCAUCAGGCAGAACGUCAGCACUGCAUGGCAUAGUAUGGGAACAUGUGCCAUGAAGAACAAAGGGGAAGGUGGGGUCCUCGACCCUCGAUUGAAUGUCUUCGGAGUCCAGGGACUGAAGGUUGUGGAUUUGUCUAUUUGCCCGUCUAACGUUUCCGCCAAUACGUAUGCGACUGCGCUGGCGGUAGGCCAUAAGGCUGCCUCUAUCAUUGCGGAGGAACUGGGUGUGCCGUAUUCCGUCUAG